AUGCCUCCGAAAAGGGGUUGGAUUGAUAAAAAAACUGCGACAACAUAUCAGCUGUUUCACAGGUCGCAAAAUGAUCCGUUGAUCCAUGACCCGGAAGCGGACGAUCGCGUUCUUCACCAAGUUUCUGGCCCAUCCCAGAAACCCAUUGCUCCGAAAACCACCAGAGUUCUCAAAGACCUAGAAACCGAGUUUGCAAACUCAAGAGCCCGUGAAAAUGAAGGAGAAGCAGCGAAUUAUGGUAUCUUCUACGAUGACUCCGAGUAUGAUUAUAUGCAGCACCUUCGAGAGCUGGGCAAGGGCGGUGGGGAGGCACAUUUUGUGGAAGCAAAGGCCAAAAAGGACAAAGGGAAGAUGAAGAGGUUAGAAGACGCACUAGCAGAAGGCACGCUGGAAGAUGACUUUGAUGGUCUUUCAUUAAGAGACUCCUCUUCGACAUACGGUGGGAAUGAUGCGUUUUCAACCGCUUCCUCAUACGUCCGGAAACCAACCUACCAGGAUCAACAGAAUAUUCCAGAUGCGAUUGCUGGAUUUCAACCGGAUAUGGACCCCCGGCUAAGGGAAGCCCUAGAAGCGCUUGAUGAUGAAGCAUUUGUUGAUCAGGAUGGCGACGAGGAUAUUUUUGGUGCUCUUGUUGAUGGUGGAUUGGAUGCAGAGGUUGAUCCGGAUGAGUGGAGGGAUAAAUUUUUUGAGGAAGAAUAUGACGAUGGAUGGGAUUCGGAUUGCACAGAAAAGGCACCUGUUCAACCCAUGACAUCCUCCACCACAACGAAUGACGUUGACUCGAAGCACUUCAAUCCUUCUGGCACGGACUCUGAAAUUCCCGCGCACGAUGCGCCAAUUCCAGAUGCCGCUCACGAUGAUGGAGAUUGGCUCAAGAAUUUCGCAAAAUACAAAAAGGAUAUGAAGUCGAAACCGUCCCCAGUGGAACACUCUGAAAAUGCAUCUGAGCGCCACACCGCAACCUCAACGAUGUUUACAGUAGGUGGAACACCCAUUCGGAAAAAGAAGCGCAAGGGCGCGCUCACAAAUCCAUCCGCAUACUCUAUGACAUCGUCUUCUCUUGCCCGCACCGAAGGACUUCGACUAUUAGACGAUCGUUUUGAAAGAGUAGAGGCUUUAUAUGCACUAGAUGAGGAAGGAGAGGACUACGAAGGCUCAAGCAUGGCGGACGACAUGUCUGUUGCGAGUGGAUUGUCGAAGUUCUCGCAGACGCCCAGCAUGAUUUCACAAAGCGCAAACGUUCCAGUGAGAGAAGAUUUCAACUCUGUGAUGGACGACUUCCUGGGGGGCUGGCAAGAUCGCGGAAAGCAGGCUCGAAGAAAAGGUGCAAAAGGGAAGAGAGGGAAGAAUGGCAAUGAAGUUCUGGGUAUGAGGAUGCUGGAUGAGAUUAGACAGGGUCUUGGACCUGCAAAGGUUCCUGAGAAGGUUUAA